AUGAACAAAUCGCAACCAGAGGACAUGACAGAAUCCAACCCACAGACGUCUUUAGUCACAGCGCGCGACAAACGAAAAAAGGCAAAUGUAGACUUUAGUGUCGAAUUCAACUAUUUUAAAGAGGAGAUGAGGGAGCUCAUUAUCUCUAGAACGUCGGCACAAGAACAAGAACUUAAAAAGAUUGCUCCAACUCUAAUAGAAAUACAGCAAUCUAAUCGUAAUAUAGAAAACUCAAUAGCUUUUCUCACGGCGCAGAAUGAAGAAUACAAGAAACAAAUUGAGAAACUGCAACGUCAAGCACAAGAGGAUAAAAAAUAUGUUACACUUUUAGAAGAAAAAAUUGAAGACAUGCAAAAGGGAAUGAGAAAAACUUGCUUUGAGGUAAAGAAUGUACCAAAAAAAGAAUCCGAAACAAAAGAAGAUCUAAUUGAUAUGAUAACGUGCUUAACAAAAAAUAUUGGAUGUGAAGUUGAUAAGAAAGACAUAAAGGACAUCUACAGAGUCCGUGGAAAAAAGGAUGGAGCGCAAAAAACACCUAUCGUAGUUGAAACAGUCUCAACUAUCUUAAAAAAUGACAUACUCAAGAUGUCUAAAAGCUUCAAUAUACGACAUAAAGAUAAAAUCAGUGCUCGCCAUUUGGGACUACGUUCUGGGGAAGACACACCAGUAUUUAUAACAGAAAAUCUAACAGCAAAGUCAGCCAGACUGUACUUUUUGGGUAGAGAUCUGGUAAAAUCUAACUCCUAUAAAUUCUGUUGGACUGCAUACGGGAAGGUAUAUGUCAGAAAGGACGAAAAGUCUCCUGUUGUACUAAUUAAAAAUGAAUCGCAAAUUCAACAACUAAUGCAAGCUGGCUGA